CUGCCAGCGAGUAAACGAGUGAACGGAGCGCGCCAUCAUCCACAACAACACCCGUGCACAAACGCAAGCAGCACCGAGCCAGGAUGGACGUGGACGAGGAAGAUGUUGUGGUGGAUGAGGAAGGGGAGAUGGUGGUGGAUGAAGAGGCAGACCAAGAGGCAAUGGCGUUUGCGAAAGAGGACGGCAUGAUGAGCGAGGACGAAGCAGAGAGCGAGGAUCUGGGAGAAGACGCGGAUGACGACGACGACCAGCGCAGCGAGGCUGGGGAACAACAGGCAGCCACUGACACGACGACGGCCACAGGGAAGGAGAAGCAGCAACGGCAAAGAAAUCAAAGCCCAGAAGAGCAACAAGUGAAAGACGAUUCCCAAGGCCAGCAGGAGGAGGGUGAAGCGAAGGAAGGCGAUCAGCACAAGGCCAAGGUGGAAGGAGAAGAGGCAGCGGCCGAGGAGGAGGACCUCGUUGGGUCGGACGUGGUUGUGUUUCAGCCAGACACGUUCCACUUGGUGUUUGGACGGGCCAGUGAUGGCCUUCCCAUUGUGGAGCGGCAUGCCAUUGCAUACCGGAACAAGCCCACAACGGCGUCUUCAGCGGACAGUCACCACGGCACUACCCAAGGCCAGCAGCCGCCCGCCGUGCGCCAGCCGCAACCGGCGGCUGCAUUUGGCGGCUUCGGACAGCCCGCACCAACCGCUGCAGACACCGCGCAUGGCCAUGAGCAAGGCAUCUUUGCCUAUGAAGAUCCUGCCGUGGACAUGGAGCAGCGAGAGCAGGCCCUGGCCGCGGUGCAGGCGGAGAUGAAAAUGGUGCGGGACACGCGCGGGCGGCGCCUUCCAGGCAGCAACGCGCUUGUUGACGAGAACAGACUACGCAAAGCACAGCAAGGGCCGCGAAAGCCAACGACCAUCGCCGCGCAGAACGACCGGGACUCCGUCUUUGAGGAUGUGGCGCCCGUUGGUGUGAACAAGAUUGUCGGCCAUCAGGUCACGCACCUGAAGCGCGACAGCAACUUCACCGUCUUCCACCCGCUGCUGCCGCUGGGCGAUCUUGACUGCCGUACGCGCUCGCGCACGGCUGUCGAGGACAGCAUGGCUGAUAUCUGGCGAGAACUGCUGCAGCACCACCUGUCGUUGCGCCCUGCAGCUCUGCGCCGCAUGCGCGCCGUCGUGCUGGUUCCCGACCUUGCUUCGCGCGCGUUCGUCCGCAGCGUGGUACGCGUCGUCUUGGACCUGCUUGGCUUCCAGAGCGUGCUCGUGCACCAUGAUUCCGUCUGCGCGACCUUUGGCGCCGGGUUACCGGGUGCGUGUGUCGUCAACUUGCACGCGCGCAACACGUCUGUGUCGUGCGUGCAGGACGGCGUGGUCAUUGGUGAGACGCGGAUGCAGCUGCCAUAUGGACUGUUUGACGUUGCCCGCACGGCCGGGUGGCUUAUGGAGCGUGUCUACUUCCACGACCAGCCAUCCCCCAUCUCAUAUCGAAGCGUACAUGAUAUGGAGAGCCUGUUGCGCUUCAAUGACGACAACCUCCACUUUGUUCUUCCAGAGGCGUCGCAGAAACCGCACACGCUCACGCUGCGCUACCCGUGCGAGCACACACUCAAGUACCACAUUGUCCUCGCCCAGCAGGUUGUGUUUGCGCCGUACGGGCUGUUCUACCCGGUGCUGCUCGGCCUCGACCCGACCGCCGCCACCGCGUAUACCGUCGCGAACGGCGAUGACCCCGAGGAUGCAGUCGUCGACGACAACAGACCAAAUCAGUCAACAACGACAGCGAACAACACAUCGUCGACACCGACAGGAUCCACCACACCAGUGCCUGCAGGGACGGGAUCGCCUCCGAAGCGCGCCAAGCUGUCCCGGCGGUCAACAGCCCGCUCGCGAUCAGCAGCCAACGACGUAGCAUCACCAUCCACCUCCACAGCAGCAACACCCCAGCAGCCGCCGCCAUCGCGUAUUCGCGGCCGCAACAGCAGCACCAGCGGCGGUGGUGGCAGCGGUGGUGGUGUGGUCACACCGGUUCCUGUCAAGGGAGGUGUCGCUGCUGCACCAGCGCCCGCGCACGCGACGCCCAUGCUCCCGCUGGACAGGGCCGUUGUGCAGUCCAUCUUGGGCGUGCCGAGCUUGGGCGUGCGCGGCAAGAUGUGGCAGGCAAUCAUUCUAACAGGAUCGGGGGCAAAGUACCGUAACUUUGCAAACACGCUGCAGCAGCGGCUGUUCAUGGUGAUGAGCGAACUGAAGCUGGCUGUGGACGACAUUGUUGUGCUCGACAAGGCGAAAGACAUCGACCCAGCCCACCUCACCUGGAAAGGCGGGGCCAUCCUUGCGCAGCUGCAGGCGGCAGACGAGAUGUGGGUGACACAGGACGUGUGGCAGCGGCUCGGAACACGUGCACUGCGCGAGGUGUUCCCCUUUGAGUGGUGAUCGUGGCGCUGCCGUUACGCACUCGCGCGCCGCUGGGUUGCUUUGCUGGGUUAUCCGUGUCCACAUGGAGCUUCGUUUAUUUCGUGUUCGCUUGAUGAUAGUGAUGAUAGUGAUGAGGGUGGUGGUGGUGGUGGUCGUCGUCGUCGUCGUCGUCGCUGUUGUUGUUGUUGUUGUUGUUGUAUGGUCGUGAUCGUGAUAUGUACACAUCCAUUACACGAGACACACACG